GCGGCGGCCCGACGCGGCGACCGGCGAGGGAGCGGCGCGAGCGCCCCGCCAGCGGCCCGUGUUCUAGUUUUGCUGCCGGACUCUUCCCUCCCUCCCCCCACCCCAUCACGAUGAUAUGAGACUUGAAAGAAGACGAUGCAUACAGGAGGCGAGACUUCAGCAUGCAAACCUUCAUCUGUCCGGCUCGCACCGUCAUUUUCAUUCCAUGCUGCUGGCCUUCCGAUGGCUGGACAGAUGCCCCAUCCGCAUCCGUACAGUGAGCGCCGCCAGCCGAGCCUGAGUGACCAGCAGGUUUCUGCCUUACCCUACUCUGACCAGAUCCAGCAGCCGCUCACCACCCAGGCGAUGCCUGAUGUUGUCAUGUUACAGAGGCGGAUGCCCCAGACCUUCCGAGAUCCAGCGACUGCUCCCCUGAGAAAACUUUCUGUUGACUUGAUAAAAACAUAUAAGCAUAUUAAUGAGGUUUACUAUGCAAAAAAGAAGCGGAGACACCAGCAGGGCCAGGGAGACGACUCGAGUCAUAAGAAGGAGAGGAAGGUUUACAACGAUGGCUAUGAUGACGAUAACUAUGACUAUAUCGUAAAAAACGGAGAAAAGUGGAUGGAUCGUUACGAAAUCGAUUCAUUAAUCGGCAAAGGUUCCUUUGGACAGGUUGUGAAGGCCUAUGACCGUGUGGAGCAAGAAUGGGUUGCCAUUAAAAUCAUAAAGAACAAGAAGGCGUUCCUGAACCAAGCCCAGAUAGAAGUGCGGCUGCUCGAGCUGAUGAACAAACAUGACACUGAGAUGAAAUACUACAUCGUGCAUUUGAAACGCCACUUUAUGUUUCGAAACCAUCUCUGUUUAGUGUUUGAAAUGCUGUCAUACAACCUCUAUGACUUGCUGAGGAACACGAAUUUCCGAGGCGUCUCUUUGAACCUAACGAGGAAAUUUGCACAGCAGAUGUGCACUGCACUGCUUUUCCUCGCGACUCCAGAGCUUAGUAUCAUUCACUGUGACCUCAAACCUGAGAAUAUCCUCCUCUGCAACCCCAAACGCAGUGCAAUCAAGAUCGUUGACUUCGGCAGUUCCUGUCAGCUGGGGCAGAGGAUAUACCAGUAUAUUCAGAGUCGCUUUUACCGGUCUCCAGAGGUGCUCCUGGGAAUGCCUUAUGACCUUGCGAUUGACAUGUGGUCCCUGGGGUGUAUCCUGGUGGAGAUGCACACUGGGGAACCCCUCUUCAGCGGGGCCAACGAGGUAGAUCAAAUGAAUAAAAUAGUGGAAGUUCUGGGUAUCCCGCCUGCUCAUAUUCUCGACCAAGCACCAAAAGCAAGAAAGUUCUUUGAGAAGUUGCCAGAUGGCUCUUGGAACUUAAAGAAGACCAAAGAUGGAAAACGGGAGUAUAAACCACCGGGAACCCGCAAGCUCCAUAACAUCCUGGGCGUGGAGACGGGCGGCCCCGGCGGGCGCCGUGCCGGGGAGUCGGGACACACGGUGGCCGACUACUUGAAGUUCAAGGACCUCAUCCUCAGGAUGCUGGACUACGACCCCAAGACGCGGAUCCAGCCCUACUAUGCGCUGCAGCACAGCUUCUUCAAGAAGACGGCCGACGAGGGCACCAACACGAGCAACAGCGUGUCUACCAGCCCCGCCAUGGAGCAGUCCCAGUCCUCGGGGACCACGUCCAGCACAUCUUCCAGCUCAGGCGGAUCGUCAGGGACGAGCAACAGCGGCCGCGCCCGGUCGGACCCCACGCACCAGCACCGGCACAGCGGCGGGCACUUCACGGCCGCCGUGCAGGCCAUGGACUGCGAGACGCACAGCCCCCAGGUGCGUCAGCAGUUUCCUGCCCCCCUCGGCUGGUCGGGCCCUGAAGCGCCUCCACAGGUCACUGUGGAAACUCAUCCCGUUCAAGAAACGACCUUCCACGUCGCCCCUCCGCAGAACGCAUUGCAUCAUCACCACGGAAACAGCUCCCACCACCACCACCACCACCACCACCACCACCACCACCACGGACAGCAGGCCUUGGGGAGCCGGACCAGGCCGAGGGUCUACAGCUCUCCCACCAAUAGCUCCUCCACCCAGGACUCCAUGGAGGUGGGCCACAGCCACCACUCCAUGACGUCACUGUCUUCCUCCACCACGUCCUCCUCGACAUCUUCCUCCUCCACCGGGAACCAAGGCAAUCAGGCCUACCAGAACCGCCCCGUGGCUGCUAACACCUUGGACUUUGGACAGAACGGGGCCAUGGACGUGAAUUUAACCGUCUACUCCAACCCCCGCCAAGAGACUGGCAUAGCUGGACACCCGACGUACCAGUUCUCCGCCAACCCGGGCCCUGCACAUUACCUGGCGGAGGGACACCUGGCCAUGCGGCAGGGGGCGGACAGGGAGGAGUCCCCCAUGACGGGGGUGUGCGUGCAGCAGAGCCCCGUCGCCAGCUCGUGACUACGUUGAAACUGGAGUUUGUUUCUUGUGUGUUUUUAUAGAAGUGGUGUUUUUUUUUCCAAAAAACAAAGUGCAAAGCUGCUUGAAUCAGAAGGAGAUUAACACACUGAACCGCUACAAGAGGGCAGAGCUGACUUUUUAUUUUCACUUGAAAGAUCGCAAAGGGACAGUGAAGUUUCCGAAGGAGCCAUGUCCGAGCCCAUCUUCACGGAUAGCUCAGAGGUGUCCUCUCCCUGCCGCCCCCAUUCUAACCUGCCACAUCCCGGUCAUGGGGGGUGUUUUUUUGUCUUUCUGUUCCACAAGUUCAUGUUCAGAUGUUGGUCUUGGUCAUUUGCCAACUUUCUUUUUUCUUUUUUUUUUUUUUAAGGCACUGCACAUAACUUGCAUACAGGGCCCUGGGAGGGUGUUUUCCCCUUUUGGUUCCCCCCCCCUUUUUUUUUUGUUUUGUUUUGGGUGGGGGGUGGGAAUUUUGGGUUUUAAAGUCCUCCAAACACACUUGGGCACGGAAAUGCAGUACUGUAAGGAAGAGGGCCCUCAGCUCACACAGACAUCACCGUCGCUGUCGGAAGGGACGGUGGCGUUGGCGCCGGGAAGGCGCAGGAAGCACGCGGAGUGGCGGGGUCAGGGCUCUCCUGUCUGGAGCCGCGAGGAGCAGAGCAGCAGGUCCACGGAGGCCGCGGAGAGAGUGACGCAGCGUGACCGGUCUGCUCACCGAGGUGCACUGGGAAGCAAUCAACGGGUCAGCCGUGGCCAGUCCCGGGGGGUGGGGCGGGGAGGGGGGUCUGAGUGGUGGUCUUUGGGAUAACCUUUGGCCUUAUGGAUUUGGACUCGAAACGAGAAGAGCCUACCAUUUCAGAUGCAAUCACGCUGGACAUGCUUUCGCAGACAGUCCUUAAUGCUGAAAACACAGAGGAUGGGUAAUUCAAGAGGCCUUUCUUUUCCAGUAGACUUUUGUGACCCACUCAUUGUAAGGUAUUGCGAGGUCACUUUGCGUGUGUCAUAAAGUUGACUUCCUUCUCGGUUGAAGGUCACAGAAGUAGUGGUUUGCUUUGACGGAAAUAGCUACCGCUGUGUCCCUUCCUGCUUUUUACUUUUGCUUUUGCUUUUCUCGGCACGUGGUAUCUCCACCAUUUCUUCUGCACAAAGAUGUCUUCUGUUCAUCCUGAACAUUUUUUAAAAAAUGCAGAAUUUUAUGUGACUGCUUUUUUGCCUCACAAUUAUGCUGUGAAUUUUACAAAAAUUUAUUUUCUUUUUUGAUAAUUUAUUGUACCAAAGCUGUUUUUAUAGCACAUAGAUGUCUGUAACCAAUAAUGUAGCAGUUCUGCACUUUGACACAAGGUGUAACUAGACCAUUUUUAAAUGUCAGUUGAAAAUUAUGGCUGUACUAUUGCUUAAACAAAACUGGAACUGUUGUUGAAUCCAUAGCCAAUACAUUUACAGCAAUCUGUGUACUGAGCAUAGACCGACACCCAACUCGAGACCACCACAUUGGUUACAUUAUCACCAUGUCCAGGCUUCUGAAGGCAGAGGGACCCUGGACCCGGGCGCUUUGGAGCCGGCAGCCGGUCCUUGUGUUCCCCAUUAGCCUACUCGUACCCUUGACAGCGCGGCCUCGCCGGCCCCGAGAGGUUGCUGUCUGAGCGGGAGUAAAGCAGUCACCGUGACCGAGGGGACGGGCCGGCGCCUCGCCUUGAGAUGCUGCUGCCUUAACGUAACGCAGUCCGGCAGUCACUCCAUUUGUGUUCCCCCUUUUCAAUUGGCCCAUUUUCGGGUGUUGUGUUUUUGAGCGGUUGACUUGGGAGAAUGAAGAGAAGUGGUUUUUCCCUGUCCGGAGCGAGAGGAGCCUAGGAAGGAAGCAGUGACCCACCCCUGCCGCGCACCCACCCCGGGCCCACGCCGGGCGCAGCCAGUGUCCUGGGGACAGAAGCAGGUUUCCCUGAGCACGGCGGCGGAAGGAAGGCCGAGGACCACGUGGACGUGAACGCAAGCUUGGAGAUGACCCGUUUUUAGGAACCACACCACCUUUUUUUGUUGUUGUUAAUCAGGAAAUCCAUAUUUAUUUUGUAAUUAAAUGUCAAGCCUGUGGAUGGAUUUUUGAACUCGGUGGCCCCAAAAGGUGUGCAGCGGAUGGAAGGACGCCGUCCGGAGCGUGGCCGUGAGGGAAGGAGUCAGGAGUCACUGCUGUGUAGGGUGGAGCUGAAGGCCUAGCAUGGGGCAGGUCUUUUUUUUUUUUUUCUUUCUUUUUUUUUUUCUUUUUUCUUUUUUCCCUGUGCUGGUUGCCACAUCUUAGCAAGCACCAAAAACAAAACAAAACAGCAACAACAAGGAUAGCGGUUUCCACACUGCUAUCGACAUAAAGGAAAGCAUAAAAUCCAGUGCUUCUGCAUACUGUGUUAUGUUACAGUCCAGUUUUGUGUGCUUUACUACACGGUUUGGUUACAGGACUUCUGUGCAUUGUAAACAUAAACAGCAUGGAAAAGGUUAAAUACCUGUGUGCAGAUUGUAAGAUCUGGUCCGGACUUGCUGUGUAUAUUGUAACGUUAAAUGAAAAAGAACCCCCUUUGUAUUAUAGUCAUGCGGUCUUAUGUAUGAUAAACAGUUGAAUAAUUUGUCCUCAGA